AUGCUAAAUGUAACCGGGGAGCUCUCAGGUGACUCUUGGGGGAUCUUCACCUUCCUGUGCGCCGCGCUUUGCAACCUGCCGGCGCUGCCGGCGCUGAACUGCUCCGAGGAGCUGGGCGCCGGCCAGUCCAUCCAGCAGACCUACGACCUGACCCGCUACCUGGAGCACCAGCUCCGCACCCUCGCCGGCACCUACCUGAACUACCUGGGGCCCCCCUUCAAUGAGCCCGACUUCAAUCCCCCGCGGCUGGCACGUGCCGAGCGGGUCCCCAGCGCCACCGUGGACCUGGACCUGUGGCGGGGCCUGACGGACAACGCCCGCCUGGCCGCCAACUACCGGGCCUACAGCCGCCUGCUCUGCUACCUGCGGGUGCUGGACGGGCAGGUGGGCACGGCUGAGCUGCGCCAUCGCCUCGCCCACUUCUGUGCCAGCCUCCAGGGGCUGGUGCUCAGCAUCGGCGGCGUCAUGUCCUCGCUGGGGUACCCGCUGCCCGCUGGCCCCGCCGGGCCCCCCGCGCCCCCCGGCGCUCCGGCGGCCCCCAAUGACUUCCUGAAGAAGAUGGAUGAUUUCUGGCUGCUCAAGGAGCUGCAGACCUGGCUCUGGCGCUCGGCCAAGGACUUUAACCGCCUCAAGAAGAAGGUGCCGCCUGCCGUGGUCACCCUGCGGCUGGAGGCAAGGGGGUUCUGAGCACCUGCUGGGCUCCUGAGCCCACUGUGCCACCACGGCC